UUGUUUUGUUUCAACUCCGUGGUAUUUGCGACCGUAAAAUUAUAUUCUGUGCAAAAACUCAGUGGAACAGAAAAAAAGUGGUAAAGGAACAUUUAAAUCUUAACAUACAUUGUAGAUAAAACCAACUACCAAGUAGAAAUUGAGAAAAUACAGUGUAAAAUCGUGACCGAGUGUUUAAAGUUUCUGCGCAUAAUACGUCUACAUAUCGAGGAAAUAAACACAUGGCACAUAAAGAGAAUUAAAAUUAAAGCAAAUCGUGAGUAACAACUUAUCAUAACGCAUUUUUAAAUAAAACCGGUGAAAUUAUAACCUACAACAGAAUGAUAUGCAAAAUUACUCUUAGAAAUUAACGCCACCUAUCGAUAAAAUCAGGAAGAUAGUCAACAAAUACAUAAUAAUUAGAGAUCUCGUAUCGACUAGUAAGCGCCGGAUACGUCGAACUUCCGUGAUUAUCCACAAGAGGGCACUAGUUGUAGCAAAACUACGUCGAAUUAUCUCAUUAAUCAUGGAAGAAGUUAUGAACGCACUUCGUAAAAUUCAGAGCGAACUCGACGCGCAGAAAAGUACUAUCUUAGAAUGCGGAGAAAAAGUAACUGAAACAGUUACUCAAAAUAUAAACAGCAUACUAGAAGAAAAAUUUAAAAGCUGGGAUGAAAAAUACGAACACCUGAAAGAAAAGUUAGUAAACCAAGAAAAACGAAUUUAUUUCCUAGAAAAGCAGGCACGAAAAAACAAUGUCGUGUUUUUCGGCAUUGAAGAAACCGAAACCUCAUAUCAAAUAUUGGAAAACAUUAUAACUAACUUUGUAAAAAAGUACUUCUCUCUAGACCUGGACCAUAGAGACAUUCAAGAAGUCAAGAGAAUUGGUAAAAAAAGUGAAAGGCCCCGACCCAUAAUUGUCACAUUUACUACACUUGGCACUAAAAUAAAAAUAUUUAAACAAAGAAGAGAUGCACUUAAAGAAACUACAUAUUACGUAACCGAAGAUUACCCGAAAGAAAUACUAGAAAAAAGAAAAGAGCUACAAGCGCAGGCUAAGAUAGAGAUGGAAAAAGGAAAUAUAGUAAAGAUCAUCUACGAUAAACUUGUCAUUCAAGAGAAAAACAAAACCACGGGAAACAAAAAGAGAAUGCUUACAUUAUCUCCCGAAACACCAACGGAGAACGGAUCAAAAACACAGGCCAACAAGAAAAAUAAACACCACACACAAAUAAAAAGAACUUCUAGUCUGUCUGAAGGAAUAGUAAAACCAAGCAUGCUUAAUUUCUUAGUAAAUAAAAAUCAAAACAAUACGCAUGGCUCUCAGUUUAACAAAACUGACAACUUGUAGCAACUAUCGCC